GCGCUGACAGGUGACACAAUCGCAUAAUACACAAGGCAAGAUCAGUGAUCUAGCGCGCGCACGCACAUGCACAAUGUGGAUUGCGCACACUAAUUGCAACUUUCACUGCGAGAACAAGCAGGCAUCGUAUGCAUCGCACUGUAUCCAACAAGCACAGCUGUGAAGCUUGAUGUUUCUCCCGGAGUUUUUAAAUGAAAAGAAACUCACAACACCCUGAUCGCCACUUGUCCGAUGGUUGCGAAGCCUGGCCUUAGUACUCAGCGGAUGGCUUACAGAAGUUGAUACCGGUUGUUUACCAAUUUGUCAGGCGGCUAGUGUGACAUCCCUCUGCUGGAUUAAGGUUUCCCGUUCUGGUUUGAGUGGCAAGAGUUUAUUCGACCACAAACCACCCAAAAAUGGUUAAGUUGGAGUGCAUGCAGAUGCGAGCUGAGACGGCAGAGGAAAUACGGUCGGCCAAGAAACCUUUCUCUAUAGACCACAUUAUGCUGGGGAAACGAGAACCUACUGAACCACAGGCCGUAACGCCCCCGCCAACCUCGGUCAGUCAAGAGGUCAAGGAAGACAAAAUUGACCGUAAAGCAGACCUGGACCCCGGCGAUGACAGAGAAAACAGCGCCGAGAAAAUGAAAGACAUUGUAGUGGAAGAGGAGGAGGCACAGGAUAAGGAUGGAAAAAACGACGACAAGGCAAAAUCAGAAACGAAGGAAGGUGAAAAGAACUCCACGCCAAAGAACAAAUUCGGAGAAAAGCCGCCUUUCAGUUACAACGCUCUUAUAAUGAUGGCCAUUAGAUCCAGCCCAGAGAAACGGCUGACGUUGAACGGCAUUUACGAGUACAUCAUGACCAAUUUCCCUUACUAUAGGGAGAAUAAGCAGGGCUGGCAGAACUCCAUCCGUCACAACCUCAGCCUCAACAAGUGUUUUGUCAAGGUACCUCGGCAUUAUGACGACCCGGGCAAGGGGAACUAUUGGAUGUUAGACCCGUCUAGUGACGAUGUCUUCAUCGGUGGAACCACGGGGAAGCUACGGCGGAGGUCCACGGCCGCCUCGAGGAACCGUAUCGCUCAGCUAAAACGGGGAGUAGGACCUCUGACAAAUGGCUUUUCCUUACCCAUUCGGACUGAUAAGCCAUACUCAAUGUAUUGGCCACACAACCACAUGCUCCCUUACCCCCAUCAUGCCGGUACGCAGCUAAGAUUCGAAGCACGUCUACCGAUGCAUCACCCGGAGAGCAUACCAGUCCCAGUAUCGUCCCACCACUGCGAGACACUAAUCAACGCUGCAGGUACAACUCUUCCCAAGCCCGCCCCUGCUGGACACAGUUUCUCCAUGGAUCGCCUCUUGCGUCACGACUCGUCUUCGUACUCAAUGCCCCUGCGACCGGGUGCUCAUCUUGGGUUGCCCUCGCCGCCACCCACGGGACACGGCCUGGUGUGCGGUGGUUUGAGCUCGUGUGUCACUACCGUUAACAGCGAGACGGGACCCGCCUGUUGCAUGCCGCAUUUACCCCACUCACCUAGCUCACCGUACGACAUGUAUCACGGUCUUCACAGCUUACCGGUUUUUCCGACAGCCCUCUUUCCUCUAGCACUCACCCAUCCUAGGCCAAUCUCGGGCAAAUAAAGGCAAAGGAGAAUGACGGUUGUGCAGCUGAAUGAACAUUAAGUGCUCAGUCACCUUUAUUGCUGAACUUUUAGCAGACACUACUUGUGUGCGUGAAGAGUGUGCAGGACUAGGAGUGAAACAUUUAAAGACCAAAUACCACCGCUGUCACAUUCGUUAAUGGACUUCGAACGUUUCUGUGUCUUGAAACUGUGACGCCAACCGAAUGUACGCGAAAUGAAGUUGGCAAGUAUGUGCAAUAUUGUUUUCUUAAUCUUCAUCAACAGUUUAAGUAAUUGUAUUCAACCGAUGACAAUCAUUCAAACAAAGUUGUAAUUUAUGAUAUUUUUGUUUAGAAAGCAUGUUAAGCUAUAAUCUAGUUAGAAUAGUAAUUUGUGUAAAUAAUUAGAUACGGUAAUGAAGGAUGAAUCAAAAUGAAGUAUGAUGUGAAUAUAUAAUGGUGAAAAACCACUUACGGGAUUAUGCACGACAGUGGUACACUUUUAAUGUGACCAUUCAAUGCCGCAUUUUCUUAUGAGAUCAUUUUUUUAACACCCCAACAGAAUGAUAUAAAAUUGUGGCUAUUCAAAAAUUAUAUAGAAAUGAUGUGCUCUAUUAAUUAAUAUGUGAAAGGGUCCUGCCACUUUAGUACACGUUUUUUUCUCGAGCUUGCUCGUUGUUUUUUGUCACUCAUCGUCGCGUGUUUGGGUGUGCAACGAACCAUUCCCUAGACCCGCUCAGCCCGGACCCAGGUAUAUUUGGGUCCAUUUAUAACACAAACAAAUUCGGCUGGAUGUAAACAGUCAUUAAAAUUGUAAAGAUUCCCCGGUCCCACUCUUGUUGGUUCAACUUUUCCCUCGGCAAUGACCGCCGAAACUUAGGAUUUUAGUGCUCCUUGAACUACGGAUAAUAUCUCUUAUCGAGGGUGACAGCUUUUCGCCGAGAAGAAAGCAGCGAGACAUUGGCGGCUGAAUUGCCGUGUGUCGGGCCGUUUUGCACGGCGUAGUGGUCUCGGGGUCAACCGCUCUCGGCGUGUUAUUAACGCUCCCGUAUACAUUGUACAUGGGUACUCUUGUGGUUACGAUGGAUCACACUUAGCGAUUAAAGCGGUCAUUAAUGAUCAUGUUGAUAGAAAAAUCCAAAAGUUAAUGAAACACUUGAUGACUGACGGAUUUAUAUUAGCAAUAUUUUGGAAUACAACCCACUUCAUUGGUGCACUAAAGUUGUCCUUAAAUCUUGGACUAUAAAAUAGUGAGUAUUUUGUAGUUAAACGUGUAAAAGAUAACACAUGUACACAUAUCUUUCUUUUGUUUUGAAAUUCACGCGUAAAGCGUGGCUUAAUUUUGGAACAUCAUUAAUUGAUUGGUAAAAAGUCCCAAAUAUGCAGUUCACAUAUUGAAAGCAGUGAACCUUUAUAUUGCCAAUGUUUUUUGGCUGUGAAUUUUUGCCUACCAGUUGUAAUGAAACAACAAAUGCUCCUUAAGUUAUAGACUUUUGUAGAAUACUAUGACUUUAGUUCCGUGACUUCGACUGGGCAAAAUCGUCCGCCCCGCAAUAAUGUCCUACGGACAUAGUGGGCUAAAUUUGCUCCCACCCUUCGUUGCUUGAAUUGAAUGUCCGAUUAUCCUCCGACCCUUGGGUUUGGAGGGUAAUCGGAAUUCACAUUAAUUUGGUUUCCUUAGUUGCAAAAUGAUUUUAUGCAGAUUUGUUUAUUGAACCACAUUGAGAUGCACACCGGGUAUUUACAUUCAAAUCAAAUCAGAUGUUGAAGAAGUUGUCUGUAGGCCAGUGUGACAUUUUAGUACAAGUCGGAUAACGAACAUUUUAUUAAAACAAACCAUUGAGAGAACGCCGUCAAGAGUUCAAACAAAAUCAGUUUUAUGUGUAUUCGUUUUUCAAUUUUCACCUCAAGCUUAAAGGGAAGAUACAACAUUUGCAAACAUCAAAAAACGAAAUGAUCAAUUUAUCA